AGUCAUCAGUUUCACUGCGGAAGUCUUAGAAGAAAGAGCAACAUGCUAGCUAAAAUUGCGAUUUGUGCCAUCGCAGUGACGGCCUGCUACGGUCAAGAAUACGUUUACAAAUAUAAGCCUGUGCAACGUGAACAGAUCCAGGAAUAUAAAUAUCCAAGUGUGCAAAGUGCCUACAAUAUUCGAAAACUGGAACCAGCGCCUAUACGAGAAGAGGAGGAAGUCCAAGGGCAACGAGUGUCUUUGCCCGUGGCCGCUAAACAUGAACCAGCGGUAUCAUCACAAAGCAUUCAACAUUACCAGUUGGCAAAUGAAGAACUUCAGUCACAGGAAGCUAAUGGCAACUAUAACGAACAACCUGUUGCUUAUAAACAGUAUUAUCCGAGCCAGGAACAUAACAUAAGAUUCCAGCAGUCUCAGCACGAUAGCAACAACAUUCAAGCUUUGCAUUACCCUGCAGUCUCACACGAAGCUCCUUCAGCCCAGGUCCCAUCACACGAAGAAGCUCAAUACAUCCGUGUUCCAUCUCAACACUACCAGUAUCAAGAAUCUGAGCAGGCAGCACCAGCUCACCAUGAGGUUGAUUCUCAUUCUCACGACGAGCCUAUUGACUAUUACGCCUAUCCCAAAUACCAAUAUGAAUACAAAGUUGAGGACCCUCACACCGGAGACAAUAAGUACCAGCAUGAGGUCCGUGAUGGUGACAGUGUGAAGGGAGUGUAUUCUCUCCAUGAACCAGAUGGUUCCAUAAGGACUGUGGAAUAUGUUUCUGACAAACACCAUGGGUUUAAUGCCAUCGUGAAGCACUCAGCACCUGGUCAACACGUACACAUUAACAGCCAUCAUGAAAAUUAAUUUUAAUUUGAUAACUUAUACUUUAGUUAAGACUGAUUGUGCUUAAAUUAUUAUUAUAACAUUGUUGCUCUAAUUAUUAUUAUUAUUGUUUGUUACUAAAUGUGUAAAUAAAUAUU